AUGUCUGUAAUGUCGCUGGGGGAAGCGCCCAGGAUCACCAUCACGAGCGGCGUCCCUGGUCCAGAGCGACUGGAUUACACAAGAACGCUCAAAACUCGUCUUGGUUUCACAAACGAGGACAAUCUGACCUGCUAUCGCAAUGUGAUCCUGCAAGUCCUCUUCCAUCUGCCCGUCUUCGUCAAUUGGAUCCAGGUGUGCGUCUCGUCGCACGUCAACCCCGACGGAGAGUGCUUCCGUGUGCGCAAAAACAACGAUGGAGUCAUUCUCCGCCCAUGCAAAAUAUGCCUGUUGUUCAACCUGUAUGAGGCAUUCUGGCAACCGGACUGCGCUCAGAAUGACUUGACACGCCACAUGACCAAGUUCUGGGGCUCGGUCAUGGAUGACUGGAUGGCCAAGAAGCAGCCGGAAGACAAGCAAGAGGGUCAGGAGGAUACUGCAGACUUUAUGCAGGAGGUUCUCAGUCAGCUUGGGCAAAGCCUCCCGAGAAUUCACUUGAGACUACUCGAUAAUAUCUUCUCGCUUGUCGACAAUGAAUUGCACAUGUGUGACGGGGUCGACGGGUGUGGGUGUAGCAAGGUGACUGAAUCGACCCAUCAAUAUGUGGACGUCCACUUCACCAAGCCCAAAGAAGCUGGCUUUGAAUCUCUCGCGACACUGGUUGAGAACGAGUUCGCCAGACGUACGAUCGACAAGAAAUGCAGUGUCUGCCAAGCCAAGACUACAAAGGUCGAAUUCACUAUCAAACAGGCACCUGAAGUGCUCUUCGUUCGAGUCAACCGCGUCCAAUAUACGCUUGACAAGGGCGAAUUCAAAACCAGUAAACUCAACAAAGAGCUCCUCGUCCCCUCGCAAUUGAUCAUCAAGAAAGCUUGGCUUGAUCCACGCAUCGGCUUCGCCCGAGCGGAUAUCCCUUAUGAACUUUUGGCCGUGCAGAUGCACCGCGGCACCUUGACAACCGAGGGCCACUACACUGCGGCGGUCAAGGAAACAGAUGGCAGCUGGACUUAUGCCAACGACACCAUCAUCUCCCAGUACAGCUCCUUUGACCAGAUGGCCAACUCAAAGCCAUUCCGCAGCGAGGCUUAUAUCCUUGCAUUCCAGCGCCAUCCCCUAAUCACCAGAGGUCCGGAUGUCAGCCUGGCAGCCUCUUUGACCCAGCAAGAGUAUAGCUUCGAGGCAGCCACCGCGGUUUCAAAAAAGAGACAGAACCGCCGCUCUGAUCCUCUCAGUCCCUCUUUUUCAUUCGGUGGAGUAGCAAGGACCUGUCGCCCUCCAGACGGUAUUUCGCAGCAAAUACAUCAUGGAGUCAAGAUCACCCGCCAGGGCCCAGGUCUUCCACCAGAAGUCCUUCAGAACACUGGAAUGACCCAGGCUGAAGUGGAAGUCCACGCCGCCAAAUUCCGUCAGUACUUGGAAGAACAAAAACAAGCAGUCAUCAAUCAACAAUCUGCUUUGAUCCAGGGCUCGAAAAGCCGCCCUCCGGCAUUCAAUAUCCCCAAUCAACCUCCGUCUGGUGCCACAAAGACAACUGUGAAUCAACAGACACAAAUCCCGCAAGUCCUGCCCCCCUCGUCUGUUACAAAGCCUGAGCCUCCCCAGCCUUCUCAGCCAGAAAGAGGUUGGUAUGAUCGGCCGCACAUUGAUUACAAGGUCCCGGACAGUGACAGAGAGAUCCUUUGUGCGCAUAAAGACAGAGGUUUGCUUGAAAUCACCCAUCGGGACCACAAUGGCCAUAUCAAAAUGCAGGUGUUUAUGAGAGGAAUGAUGUGGGAUGGUCUCAAGGAGAUACCUCCGCCUACCAUGAGGCCUGAUCGACUGAAUGCAAAGCUAAGACAAGACAGGCUUGACUGGCUGAAGACUCAUGGUGCCCCGCUGCCGUUGCAUCUGGCUCGACUGACUGAUAAGAAUGCGCAUGAGUGGCAUGCGGCUCAGAGGCAGAGGGCCCAACAGCCGGUCGCCCAGGUGCAGGCGGUCCCGAAAAAGGCUGCUCUGAUCAGGACGACUCGAAUGGCGCAAGGGAAAAAACGUCCUUCCAGUGUGGCCACUCUGCGCAGAAAACGGGCCUACAAGGCCGUCUCUAUCCCUCGCAAGCGACGUCGAGUGAUCAAAGAGGCAGAGAGUGGAACCGAAGUUGGGGAGGACAACACGGAGAUUGAGGAUCCGGUCUUGUCGGAGGCUGAAGAGAGGGAAGACGACGAGGAAAAGUCCGGGAGGAGAGCACGCAGAUAA